AUGAGCGCGGGAGCGCCUGGGAGCGCCCACUGGGUUGCCUCGCAAUCCCAGCGACCCGACGAGCUCGCAAAGCGGUGCUCGGAAGACGACCCUCCCAAAGCCGACGACGCGCACUCACCUCUGUGGACAGCGAAGAAACAUCGUCGCACUGUGACAACGGCGACUAGUACACGGCAUUUAUUUUUUGUUGGCAUUCGUUUCAUAAAACCCGUCUAUAAGGAGCUUGUGACCACCCUGAAAGGCUUGACGAGCUGCGUGCUCGUAUUCAAGCUGGUGCCACGAGGUGGGCCUCUCGGGCAUGCCAGGGAGGAUGAGAGGCUGUCCCUGAACCCCCUACUAGUACAAAAAGGUGUUGCCCUCGGCGUUACCAUCGUGAAUGUCGACCACCUGUUCCUCAACCGAGGCAACAUUGUCAACCUCGACAAGCUGGCUACCGACCAGUACAACGUGUGCCGUGUCCGCGGCAUCCAGCGCCUUGAAUUUGCGCUCGGCAAGGCAUUUGCAAAACUUUAUGGUAAUUCUAUCCUUGGUGGGUGGUGUGCCCCAUUCUGACGUUUCGAAGUCCACAGUGGAGCCUGUGGCCAGUGGGGAGGUGUAUGUCUCCAAUUUGCCGGACCUUAG